AGAGCUACGAGCUCUGGUCAUCGAGAUGGUCUUGGCCACCGACAUGUCCUGCCACUUCCAGCAGGUGAAGUCCAUGAAGACAGCUCUGCAGCAACUGGAGAGGAUCGACAAGUCCAAGGUGCUGUCGCUGCUGCUGCACGCGGCCGACAUCAGCCACCCCACCAAGCAGUGGGCAGUGCACAGCCGCUGGACCAAGGCCCUGAUGGAGGAGUUCUUCCGCCAGGGGGACAAAGAAGCCGAGUUGGGUUUGCCUUUCUCGCCCCUCUGCGACCGAACCUCUACGCUGGUGGCACAGUCCCAGAUUGGCUUCAUUGACUUCAUCGUGGAACCGACUUUCUCGGUGCUGACCGACGUGGCUGAGAAGAUGGUGAUGCCCCUGGCUGAGGAUGGCACCAAAGACAAGGCCAACCCUGGGGCCACCACCCAACAGCCCAGCUCGCAGUGGAGACAGACGUCCCUGGAUGAGCACCUGGAGCUUGGGGACAUCAAGGCUGACCUGGCAGGAUUCCGUGCCACGUGGGCCAAGUACAUCCAGGAGAACAAGCAGAAGUGGAAGGAGAGGGCAGCGAGUG